UUAUGUUUUGCUCAGGAUAUGUUUUACGCGCAGUUCGUUUUAUCUAAGAAAGGUCCAUUGGCAAAGAUUUGGUUGGCAGCUCAUUGGGAAAAGAAGUUGUCCAAGGCACAAAUCUAUGAAACGAGUGUUCAGGAUGCUGUGGAGGAAAUAAUAAGGCCGAAGGUCAAAAUGGCUCUUCGCACAACUGGUCAUCUCUUGCUUGGCAUUGUUCGAAUAUAUUCGAGGAAGACGAAGUAUCUAUUGGCCGACUGUAACGAGGCUUUCCUUAAAAUCAAAAUGGCAUUUCGCCCCGGACAAAUUGAACUGAUCGAUGAUGGUAAAGAGGUGUGUCUUAUACGGGCUCUCAAAGACUUUAAUGAAGUUGAAUUUGCUAACCAUCUGCAGAUAAACCAAAGUAGAAUCGAUGACAUAACAUUGAAAGAGGAUCACAUUUCUGAUCACCACAUGUUUGGUACCGAUUUCGGAGUGAGUUUCUGUAUUGAAAAUUAUUGUAGAAGUUGCAGUAUUCUACUUGGUUUUCCAGAAAUUGAUGCAGAACUCGUAUUUCUAUUUUCAGGUGGAAUGCCGGAAGCACAGGAAAGUUUCACUUUGGAACCUCUCGAAGCUGGCGCUCUGGAUCAUCAGCAGGAACGCAGGCGUAGAAAACGUCGUUUGAUUAUCGAUGAUCAGAAGAAUAUUAGUGGCGACGAAAUGAAGGCGAAUAUGGCUGAUUACUCAGAUACACUGCAGUCCCUGGAUCUAGCACCACCAACUCGUCGGCUUAUGCGUAUGAAGGAAUCAGGAGUAGUAGAGAAACUUUUCCACCUUCCAGGAUGUGCUUUCUUGAGGGCGAAACCUCUUAUUCGGGUGAGUGCUGCAUCGUUUUAUGUAAGCUUUUUAAAAUUUUAUUUGAAGUCAGUGACAGCAGCAUUGCGAAGUCUAUUUUCGAAAACUAAAACGAAGACGGAAACUGUUCUGUUGGACUCCUGUCCACAGCAUAUCUUUUCUAUUGAAAUUAUUGUUUGCGAAGAAGAUCUCCAUUAA